AUGGGUACGGACUACAGAUCCCAAGAGAGGAGGGCAGUCAGCUCUUUCCGCAAGGUCUCCAAACCCCUCAUGGAGAAGAAGAGGCGAGCGCGCAUCAAUCUUUCCCUGGAACAACUCAAAGCCCUGCUGGAGAAACACUAUUCCCAUCAGAUCCGAAAACGCAAACUAGAGAAGGCGGAUAUUCUGGAGCUGAGCGUAAAGUACAUGAAAAGUCUACAGCACCCGGCCCCAGGGCCAGCACGAAGCACGGACUACCAAGCCGGGUUCCAGAGUUGCAUCCAAGGGGUCCGCCAGUUUCUUCUCCGCUCUUCGGAGGCGACUGGGCUCGGUGUGGGUGACCGAUGGUCCUGCCAGUUCCUCCAUGAUCUGGCCCAGAUCCUCCUGCCCUCGGGGGGUGAUGGUGGCAGCUUCAGUGCCAUAGAAACUAACGCCAGGCCAGCUGCGCUCCAGGAGCCGCGCAUGGGUUCGUCUCCAAAGGUGCACGAGGUCCCCUUGGUACCGGGGUGCAGGAAGGCCACCAGUGACCCCCAGACCCAUCCAAGAGGGGCCUGCCAAGCAGAAGCAAGCCCCCCAGCUCCAGGAAGAGGCUGGAGCCAAGCUAGGAGUGGGCAGGGACCCCCAGAGCGCAACCCAGGUCUGUGGAGACCUUGGUGAGACCACCAUGCACCCUGGCCAUGCAUUUCAGCAGUCUUCCUCAAUUGCCGCUCCAUGCUUGGCCUUCCACUCCUUGGCUCUCAUAUCUUUAUGCCAUCCAAGACUUUGCGCUGCCUGAGGCCAAGCAGCAAGCAGCGCCUUUUCCACACCUCCAUGAAUCUUGUCUCCUCUCCUCUGAGCGUUGUGCGCCUUCGAGUAGUUUCUGACCACACUAAGACAAAAGUAUCCUGGGGUUUUCUUAGCAAGGUUUGUUCAGAGGGGGGUUGCCAUAGACUUUCCCUGAGGCUGAGAGAGUGUGGCUUGCCCAUGGCCACCCAGUGGGUUUAAUGGCCAAGCUGGGAAUCAAACCAUAACCUCCAGAGUUGGAGUCCAACGCUCAAACCAGUUUGCCAUGCUGGCUCUCUUAUCUUGUCUACACCACUAAAAUAUUCUGCAUAGAGUUCGAUUAGAACGCAAUCCACCCGGAUGCCAUUAGCAGGAGUUCAGGUCUUUAGUGGCACCUGAAUCUAAAAAUACCUGAAACUCCCCUUUCAAAAAAGGCUUUGCAGUUUUUACCAGAAUAGUUGCAACUAUCCAUAAGGUUGCACAUCAUUGACUGUGGCUCAUUCUGUCUGCUUUGCACGGAUUCAGAUGGCUGCGCAUUUUCAGCAGAAGGAAGGCGAGUUGAUGCAAAUAUGUGCAGGAAAGUGAAGACCAUUAACUGUCAAUGCAAAAGAAUGAAAAUGUACAAAAAAAAAAUGCUGCAGCAAUUUGCAUAAUACACUUAGUUAGGUAUAGACUACCCUAAAGUGCAGAGAAGCAUUAAAAGCAGCCAAAGUAUUCUGGUGCAUGAAAUGGAGGCCGGGGGAAUCUCAAGCUCCUAUUCCCUUGAAUAUUUAAGAAAUUAAACAUUACUAUCCUUUCCUGGCUCGAAGGUGAGGUUAUCUCUGUCUUGGAAUAAAGAUAUGUAGGGUCAGAGGAUGCUGAUUUGGAAGCUAUAAGGAGAAUGUUACAUAUUCAUGGAUUUAGGAAGCCAUUGUUGUUACCUGCAUUGCCUAUUACUGAGCAUUAAAGAGCUGAAUCAAAAGACAAAGUCCUGAUGAAUAUGAUGUGAUGGCUAUAUAACUUCAUAUAAGAUGUCUUAUAAUAUGCCACAUAAUGGAAUAAUGCCUUAUGUAUAAUGUUAGGGGAUACAGCUAAGGCGAAGUGCCUGGACAAUGCUAUGUCUGGGUUUGGAAAUGUAUAUGCAUGUAUAUCUGUCAAUGAAUAAUUCUAAUAAAGAGCUUGAAAUAGUGUCAGAAGAGUCUGUUCAUCCCCAUACAAAUAUCCUGGAACUGCAAGACUUGCAAA